AUAAUGAAGCUUCAUAGGGAUUUUCAGCAACACAUUACAAGCAGGUUAGCUGUGUGUAGCAACUCUUCGUCAAACUUUAAAGUUCUUAUCCACAACACCAAACAACUCAAAAACAUAUCAAGUAGUAUCAGAUCGUUAGGUUGCUGAGCUGGAGAAAAUGCCGAUUGGGACGAUUUUACCGACUCUUGAAAGAUGACAGUCGCUUGUGGUGACUAGCGCUGGUAUCAGAGGUUUGAGUCUAGCGGCUGCUUUUCUGAUGAGGAUUAACUAUGUGAGAGUUAAGGUGCCUGACUUGAUUCGGAAUUUGAAGAUUGUUGUGCAUAGUGUUUACUUGCCUUUUCCGAGGAUUGAUCCUGUGGCUGCUGCUUUUGAUGGAAUGUUGGGAAUGCAAUCUGAAGGUGGAGGAUCAUCAGGAUCAUCGACUGAUCAAGUAGAAGUUACUGCUGUGCCUGUGGGAUCAGGAUUGGGAUCUUGUGCUGCUGUCAAUAUGGAUGAGAAUGGAAACUGCACUACUACAGGUGCUCUUAUUCCUUCUUUUGAGCAACAAUUUAAGACUACUGUGGAUCUUGAUGAAUAUCAUGGCCUCUAAGCUAUGUAUAUUGAUAAUUCACUGAGUUCCUUUUUUCCUGAUGAAUUUUGUAGGUUGAUUAGUGGGAUUUUGAGUCAAAGUUGAUUCGUUGUUUUGGUUUGUGAUUCAAUCUUUUAUGAGUUUUGGCAGUUAGUAAAUUGUUGUCUUUUGGAUUCAAAGAUUGCAAUGGAAUUCUUGUUUCUUAAA